AGUAUUUGCCUGCCUACACACAACUGCCAACCGCACCGCUGCCACGACCUGCCACCGCACCGCUGUCACGACCACAGCCAAAAGAUGACGCGAGCUCUGAUGCUUCUCAUCGUAGCCGCCGCAGUCUCGUCCGCGGCAGGUUUAUCAAACGCUUGCAUCGUUGCGUUCUGGUUGCGAUUAAAUGAUCUCAGGGCCGCCAUCAACACCUGCUUGCUGCAGUACCAAUCGGAGAUGGAGAAGUCUGUUUCAAAUCCAAAAUGCAACUACGAACUACCUGCGUACGACGCAGCAACAUGUGAUCCGUUUUUUUACAAUUUCAACAAGUGCGUGUUGAAAUCAAAGGGUCUGCUGAAGCCUAACAACACAUUGGACGAUGUGGCCUUGCAGAAGGUUUUCUUGCAGAACAAAUGCAGCAAUGACGCCAACUUCGCUAAAGCUUACCCGACAUGCAAGAGCUCCACCAUGCAGCGUUUGAACUUUCUCCGGCUCGAGCAGUGUCUUCUUAAGGCCGUGCCCUAAUCAGCUCACUCAAUGGAGGAAAACCUACUGACGCGAAGCAAGGCUGACUAAACUCGCCCCCACUCUUUUGGGAUUUUGCAGGGAUUUUUUUGAGGACUUUUGGGAUUAUUUUUGGUAAUCGGGAUUUUCUUAUUUCUUUAUUAAAUUUGCUGGUGUAUCUUCAAUAAUAAAUUAAUUAUCCUUAUAAUGAGACGUUAUGCGAAUAUCAUCCAUGCAGAAUAUUUCACGGGAAGUUUAUACAAUCUAGAGAUAUUUGAACUAGGUUAUUUAGACAGCAAACUUAGAUUGAUACAGAGACGAAAUUUGAAUUAUGUCAACUUAAUUACAUUAUGUGUGCAAUAUCACCAA